AUAGUUAUAAGUAUUUUAAAGUUUUAUAAACUUAUUUUUUUUAAUAUAUAGUUUUAUAUUUGAAACCCAUUGAAAAAAAAUACAGUUUCUUUUUCUUUUUUUCCUAUAAUGUAGUACUGGAUGCAUUUUUGGGUUAAGAAAAGAACUCCAUUCAUUGGAUAAAAGAAAGGUGUUAGCGAUGGACAGUAUAUAAUUUCUAAGAAACUUUUAUCGGAUAGGGACUGGUUUUAAUUAUGUGGUAGUGAUGACACAUUCAAACCUGUUGCUAAAAGUUUAAUUUGGGUCCGUUUCUGGUCUAAUAUACAUUUCCUUCUUCUUUUUUCCACAGGAAAAACAUUAAAUGUCACAGAUUCUCAGUAAUAUCUCAGAGGCCAUCCCUUCCAUAACGUCAACACCUUCGCUUAGCUGUCUCCCUAUUUAAAUUCUCUACAUGCAACAUCCCAUUAAAUAAAAAUAAAAGAAAAACAAAACCCACAAAAAAUCAAUAUUUUCUGGGUUUUGUUAUUUAUUUAAAUUCAAGAAUAUGGAGAGAGCCUCUUCUUCCUCCUCCAAGUCAUCAUCAUCAUCCAUGGCUUCUUGUUCUUCUGAUCAGUCUCUUUCCAUCUUUUCCGAUCAAACCUCGUCUUAUCUGACGUCAUCCAUGCUUUCCCGCACGUCAUCAUCAUCUUCCUCCGCCGUGGGAGACUACAUCGGGACAGAGAGCUGCUUCGACGUCCUCUCCGCCGACGAAGUAAACGACGUAUUCUCCUCCUCCGAGUUUAUGAACCGGUAUCGUUACGGAGGAAGGAGGAGAGAGGAGAGAGCAGCUAGAGCCGCGGCGGCGCGUGAGUUUCCCCCGCCGAUAACGUUGCUUGCUCAGACGGAGAAUCUUCUCCCGCACAUGCCGUGGGUUUUGAAGCGUGUGUUGACGAGCGACGGGAGGCUUAUCCUGAGAGAAGAGAAGGUGCGUCAUCACGAGUACUUCCGUGCGCAUAGAUCUAAUGGACGUCUCACUCUCGACCUUGUUCCUCUAGACGAUGACGUUUUUGCACUUCCUCAAGAGCCCUCUCAUUACCAAUCUGAUGAUGAUAAUGAUAAUGAUCACGAUGAUGAUGAGAAUGAUCAGUGUGAUGAUCAACAACACGAGGUGGGGGAUGAUUUGGAUGAUCUGGCGGAUAAUGUUGAUAAGAGUGUCAUUAUUACUGCCACUGACGAUGACGAUAGUGUUAUCCAUAAUUGUGAUCAUGAUAAGGGCAAUGUGCAUGGUGGUAGUGAAGAUGGAUAUAGGAAAGCUAUAUUAGCGGCGGUGGCGGAUGAGACGGUGGUGGAGAGCGGAGGAGGAGGAUCGCCGAGAGGAAAGUGUUUGAAGUCUUGUUUUGUUGGUAUGAUAGUUCGAGAGAUCAGACCAGUUCUUCUUAGUUGAUUGCCCUGUUCUAAAAAUCGGCCGCUUAUUAGACGCCUGGACGCUACUCUUCCGUUCCGAUUUAUGCCAAAUCGGUUUAAAAAAUCGGAUAUCCGAUUUUCUUCGCCUAGACCACCUAAAUGACCGCCUAGCCGUCUAAUCUAUUUUUUAAUUAUUUUUUUUAUUUUAUAUUUUAUUUUUAAUAAUAUUUUUAUUUAUUUAUUUGAUCUAAAAUUUUGUAAAUAUCAUUUAUAUUCAUAAUUUUGAUAAAAAUUACACUAUAUUAAGUUUA